AUGCCGUGUCUAAAGUCGCCGCAACCGCGGUUGGAGGAAUAUUCGUUCGGGGAGCUGGUGUCGGCAAAGGCGUGCGGUGCAGUCCACGGGGCGAUGGGGGAGAGGGCGCGCGGGGUAGCAUUUGGAGCAAAGAGCCUCACUACUGCCAGGCUACGGUCUCCAAGUCCGAUCCCGUGUGGCUCUAUGGUUCCUAGGAAAAUUUGGGCAGAGCGCACGAUGCAGGUGCCGUGGCGGGGUGCGGGGCGGCGGCGCGGUGGGCGCAGUGCGCGGCCAAUGGGCGCUAGGCCCGCCCCGCGGCGCCGCCCGCGCCCGCCUCCCCCCGGCUCGCAGCUCGCUUCUCCUCCACCAAAAUCGGCGACCGUGCGCCAGUGGACUGACGUCAAUCAGUGCAGUGCCAGUUCGACGCGGUCAAGCCUCGGCACAGCCCAGACACGAAACACUAUGGAGAACGUAGUAACGUCACUGGGUCGCGGCGGGGACGAUCAACGCGAGGAGGACAACGGCGGGGGUGUGGCGAUGGGGGGGUCUGACGAGGCGACGGCGGCCGGCGAGGCUCUGCAGCUCGUGAAGAAUGAGGAGCGCACGGCCACUUCCAAUGAGAUGGAGGCCUCAGGCGAGGGCGUGGCCGGCGGGGAGCCCCACUCCGUGAUCACGUCUCGGCGCUCCCUGCGCACCAUCACGACGGCGGGCCACAUCGCCGAGGCGGGGGACUUGCCGCCCGACGAAGGCGUCAAGGACGAGCCGCCCGAACCGCCGCCGCUCGAGGCCGAGCAGCAGCAGAUGCAGUACGCGCCCAAGCUCGAGGAGAGCGUGGAGGGGCGUGUCUCCCACCACGCUUACGACGAGGAGCGCUUGCGCCUGGCGGAGGCGGAGACCGCCCGCUACUUGGCCUUCAAGCAGGACCCGUACCGGGCGCUGCAGUCGCCGGCGCCCGCGGACAAGCGGCCGAUGGCCCCGUACGCGCGCGGACCGCCACGGCCCGCCUACGGGCGCAGCCUCGCGCUGCGGUACGGGGCGCCGCAUCACGUCAUAGUGGCUCAGGAGGGCGAGCCCGAGGAGCACAACCACGACGCUUUUCUCGCGCACAAGGACAAGAGCGAGCAGAUGCAGGCGUACGCCGCGCAGAGCGAGGCGAACGUCGGCCAGGACGGGCGGCAGUACGCGGCCGCCCUCGGCGAGCAAGCGGCGGCGACCACCGCCCUGGAGAUGAUCCAGACCACGUCGCUGAGCAACCAGCAGUCGGUGGGCGUGGCGUACCAGCAGGUGAAGUACGAGGCGCGCGGCGAGGCCGAGCCGCGGCCCACCACGUACGCCAGCCUGCAGCCGGUGACGUCGGUGCACGGCGGCUACGCGUACGCGGGCCAGAGCCCGCAGUACGCGGCCGGCGCCUACGGGGCCUACGGCGGCGGCGGCAAGGAGCUGCUCACGCUGUACGGGGGCGGGGCGCCCUCCGCCAGAGGGGACGAGUCCCCGCCGGGGCAGCUGCUCUACCGGAGCGACCCCACGCUCUCCUCGUCCUCGCUCAACUCGCGCGGCACGCACGUCGUCUACGGCUCCGUGGUGCCCCAGUCGCAGGCGGUAUACGAGGCACCACCCAGUCCGAAUUCACAGCAAGUAACGCUGUACACGCACGGGAAUACUGUUCAGUACAAGGUUGGAGGGGAGCACUACUUGGGGCAGGGCGGGGGUGUCGAGUAUGUUCCCGUGUCGGGCUACGAGGGCGGCCUACUGGUCGAGGGCUACGCGGCGCCUGCUCAGCCCUGGCCCACACACAACCUCCUGCCCAUCGACGACGGAUUUGAUCCCAGUAUGGCCGGCAUGGGGGAGGUUAAGGAGUGCGUGAACUGCGCGGCGGCGACGACUCCGCUGUGGCGGCGCGACGGCACCGGCCACUACCUGUGCAACGCGUGCGGCCUCUACACGCGCAUCAACGGCGUCAACCGGCCCCCGCUUAAGGGCCAAAAGGCGAAACCGCAACAAGCACUGCCGACGAAUGGCAACAGGCGCGUCGGAGUCACGUGCGCCAACUGCCGCACAUCCAACACCACGCUGUGGCGGCGCAACAACAACGGCGAGCCGGUCUGCAACGCCUGCGGCCUCUACUACAAGCUGCACAACGUGAACCGGCCGCUCAGCAUGAAGAAGGACGGCAUCCAGACGCGCAAGCGCAAGCCGAAGAGCAUGGGCGGCGGCCACGGCGUGCCUCGGGCCGGCGGCGCCCUCUCGGCGGAGGCACACUCGCAUAAGGUGCUGCCGCCGCUGUACGCGGCCGUGGAGGGCGCGGCGGGCCCGCUGCUGCUGCUGCCCGCCGCGCGCCACCACUCCGACGCGGUAUCAACGCUAGAGCGCGCGCCGGCGUCCGUGGCCGCUGCGCACUACCGGCCGCCC